CUGCUCUCCCACAGCAGCUCUGCUUUGAUGAUGGCCAUGAGGAAUCACACCCCCAACACUGAAUUUGUCUUGGGGGGCUUCUCAGAGCAGAGGGAGGUCCAAGCUGCCCUUUUUGUGCUCUUCCUGGGGACCUACCUGCUCCUGCUGCUGGGCAACCUGGGCACGCUGCUGGUGGUCGGCUUGGACGCCCAGCUCCACACCCCCAUGUACUUCUUCCUCAGCAGCCUGUCCUUCCUAGACAUCUGCUUCUCCUCCACCAUCACCCCCAGGAUGCUCUCGGACCUCCUAGCGGCCAGGAAGGUCAUUUCCUACCCGCAGUGCCUCACCCAGCUCUACUUCUACGCCGUCUUCAGCACCGCCGAGUGCUACCUGCUGGCUGCCAUGGCCUACGACCGCUACGUGGCCAUCUGCAGCCCCCUGCUCUAUGCCACCUGCGUGUCCAGCAGAGCCUGUGUGCUGCUGGUGGCUGGCUCCUACCUCGCCGGCAUCCUCAACGCCUCCCUCCACACCUGCUUCGCGCUGCGGCUCUCCUUCUGCGGUCCCAACGUCGUCAACCACUUCUACUGCGAGGGGCCCCCGCUCCAGGCCAUCUCCUGCACCGACCCCACCCUCAGCAAGGUGCUGAUGUUUGUGGUGGUCGGCUCCAACCUGUUCCUCACCGGCCUGGCCAUCCUGGUCUCCUAUGCCUGCAUCCUGGCGGCCGUCCUGCGGACGCCCUCGGCCGCGGGGAGGCGCAAAGCCUUCUCCACCUGCUCCUCCCACCUGAGCGUGGUGACCCUCUUCUACGGAUCCCUUGCCUUCAUGUACUCAGGAGCCAGCUCCAGGCACUCCCAGGAGCUGGGCAAAACGGCCUCAGUGUUCUACACCCUGGUGACCCCCACCCUGAACCCUAUCGUCUACAGCCUGAGGAACAAGGAGAUGAAGGCGGCGCUGGGCAGAGCGCUGGGGAGGAAGCAUUCCGCUCCGAAAUAG